UCUCUUCUCCCUUUCCGAGACGAUUUACUUUCAGAUUUGUGUCUUACCAUUUCUAUACAAGUUUCUCUUUCUCCUAUCUGAAAAUCCGUGGAUACAGAACAGGGGGGUUCAAAUUUCAAACGAAACCCUAGGUUUGAUUUGCACUUGUCUUAAUCGUUCAGCCGAGCCGAGGGAAACAACAAUCGGGAACGCAACAUUUUCACUACUACUUUAAGUCUUAGAUUUGUAAAAUUCCAUUCUGUUUCCGGAGUUCUUUCAACAGCAACAGCCAACAUAUUAUUCUACUUUAGUUAUUUUAAUCGGGUUCUUUUUUAGCCGCUGAUAUUACUCUUCAUCUUCGGGUAGUGAUUCAAAACAUUAAGUUAUUUUAUUCCCCUUUUAUCCCUGCUACUGACUCGCUCGGAGCUUGUUGGUGUUCGAGUGUGUAUCGGAGACCCGACGCCCUAGUUCACUGCACUCGAGGAAGGUGACCUAGUGAUAUUUACCAUGACAACUACCCAGACUACGAUGAGUCAGCCUAAUAAAGUUAAUGAGCGAGCAGCCUUCUCAGCUGCCAAUGUUCAAAACCCACCUUCGUCAUACAGAAGAUUGGGCAGAAGAUCACCAUUUAUGAGAUAUGGACUUCCUAUGAUCUCACUGACGGUGCUUGGAUCUAUUGGUCUUAGCCAACUUCUGCAAGGCAGCAAGGAUAUUGCUAAAGUAAAGGAUGAUCAAGAGUGGGAAAUCAUCGAAACAAGAAAAGCUCUUUCCAGGGUUGGACCUGUCAAUGCAUAUAACCCCAAAAAAAUUAACUUGGAGGAAGAACUAAAGGCUUUGCAAGAGAAGGUUGAUAUUAAUGAUUAUGAAUAUAAGAAAAUCCCUAAACCCAAGGAAAGCGGAUAAAAUAACAAAAAUGUUACUGGGACUCUUGUGUGAAAUAAAGUUGCAGCUCGUUGGCUUCUCUCUUAGGCUGAAUGUAGGUAACUCUUAGUCAAGAUUUAAGUUUACGCAUUCCAUGUUUGAAAUGCUGUGGGCUAUCGUAUUGUUUAAUUCCUAUAUUAAAAGUUGAUUUACCUAAAUUACUAGUCAUAUUAUUGUCAUUAAUGUAUCAACAUUGGUGUCGCAAAACACAUGGGAAUAGCAUUGCAAGCUUAUUUAACAAUCCAAACCCCAAUCUUUUUAUUGCGCCCAGCUUCCCCUGAGGCAACUCAGGGGUGAACUUGAUAGAACCACUCCUUAGAACUCCAAGAUGAACGGUGCACAAUGUCAUAUCUCCCUCGAAUACUUGGCCCCCAGCAACAAAUGCCAAGUAUUCGAGGGAGAAAUGGCAUUUUGCAUCGUUCCUCUUGGAGUUCUGAAGAGUAGUUCUAUCAAGUUCAUCCCUGAGUUGCCUCAGCGGAAGCUGGAUGCAAUAAAAAGGAUUGGGGUUUGGAUUGUUAAAUUAGGUUGCAAUGCUAUUCCCCUAUGUUUGUUGGGACACCAAUGUUGAUACAUUUAUUUACAAUAAUAUGACUAAUAAUUCUAUAGCAGUUCGCCCUCCGGGAAGAGUAAAAGUUGUAACACCAGAACUUGCAGUUACUAAAACUUUUACCAGUU